CAGUUCCCGGUCGGUGGGAAACGCGACUACCCACUACAUCGUCCCUCCUCCACGACUCUCCUGGCUGCCACGUUGUUAUUCUCAACAAUGCCAGGGGCACUCGAUACAACAUACGCACGACGUCUGCCCUCCGAUCAGCAACCCUACCAGAGCCUUGACCGUUAUCCAUCGACACGCUAGCGGCUUUCACGCGACGAGACGCGACGGAGUAUUUCGUCAUGACCACCACCACAUACUACUAGUACAGCGACCGAGAACACUACUUCGGAGACUUCAUACGCGACAUAGUACACACCCGAGAGCGAGAUCGCGCUCCUACUACCAUACGUAAUACACCUACCGCGACGAUGCCGACAACCUACCUCGAAACCCUCAACCACUUCACCACCUUCCUAAUCGCCUACACUCACACGCUCCUCUACCACCGUGACAUCUACCCCUCCACCUCUUUCGUCCGCUCCCGCUUCCACAACACACUCGUCUACCAAUCGCGCCACCCCAUGGUCUGCGAAUGGAUCACCGACGCCAUAACCGCCGUGCGCGAAGAGCUCCUCAAAGGCGUCGUCUCCAAGAUCGGCAUUGUCAUAUUCACCUACAAUGAGUAUGAUGAAGGCUCAGGUAGCGCCAAGAUAAUGGAACGCUACAUGUUCGACGUGAGCGAGUUCCCUGUUGUGGAACGGCGAGAUCGCAUGUUGGAUAUUGAGUUUGAGGGUGGCACACCGGAGAUGAAGGGAAAGGGAAAGGAGAAGGAAAAGGAAAAGGACAAGGAAGAGGAAUACAACGAUGAUGGGACUAUAAAGAAGAGAAAGACGAAGCCGGUGGAUACAGGCGUCGAUGUUAAUCUCAGUGAGCAGUUUCGCGCGGCGUUGCUGCAGCUGGAGAUGCGGACGUCCAGGCUGGAGCCUCUGCCGGAGAAUUGCUCGUUCAAUGUUAGUAUGGAACUCAAGGAUGAAGGCGAUAUCGAUCCGCCAAUCGGUCAUCCGCAGGUCUGGCAACCGGUCCAGCCUAGUCUGCAAAAGACGGGGAGGAAUGCGCUGUUUAGAGAUAGGGAUGUGUUUGAUGAGGAGGCGUUUGAGUUGGGCAUACGGAGGGAGAAGGAAGGAAGAGACCUGGGCGGGGCUAAGAUCACGCCGAUACGCAGUGUGCAAGCGGGUGUUUUCAGGUUUGAGAAUUGGAUAGAAGAAGGCAAGGCUAAGUUUGAGAGCCCGGAAGACAGUAUACAAUCGAGCUUCUCGAGUUUUUGACCCUAGAUGGUUGCACAAAUCAAAUUUGUAACUACAAAGCUCUGUGGAGUAUGAAGAUUCUUUGUCUCUGACCCAGGCUCCUGUAGUCUUGCGACAGCCAGAUGCGCUGCAAAUACGGAUUUCAAUAGAUUCUCUGUAUUAAAGAUAAGUCUGCCUACUAAAUAGACCUUCUUCAGAACUUCUAUCGCAGGUAAGUUGUGUUAUAUGCUCCAGCCCCAGCCGCGCCAGCAGAGGCAGACCUAGAGUCCCAGUGCCACCAUCAUGCUAUGCUAUAGUAUGAACCCCAUCAAACGAAAACACACUAUCUGCCAUGGGCCUGGGGCGCCAUACCACGACGCCGUCGCCUGUCAGCUACCAUCGCAGCAGCCGCUACCCG